UUGUAUCCAGUGGCAGCGGCAUCCGCUCCAUGGCUCUCUGUGGCGCUCGGUACCCGCGGCUCCGCAUCUUCUCGGCACUUAAGUGUGUCGCAGGUUGGAGGAACCACCGGCUUCAGCUCAAGAGAUGUUUGAAUAAGAAUGUUACAGAUGCCCUGCAAGCAGUAGCGGGAGCUGACAACGUUUCCACAUCAACUGCAGUGCGGGAGCAGCAUGGAAAAGAUGAAUCAUACCAUGGGUGCAAACCUCCAGAUGUCGUGGUGUGGCCACAGAACGUGGAGCAGGUCAGCAGACUGGCUGCAAUCUGUUGGGCGAACGAUCUUCCCAUCAUCCCUUUUGGUACAAGCACAGGGCUGGAAGGAGGCGUCGUUGCCGUGAGGGGAGGAGUGUGCUUUGACCUCACAAAGAUGGAUAAAAUCUUGGAGCUAAAUACAGUUGACUUUGAUGUGACAGUGGAGCCUGGAGUCACCAGAAAAGGCCUGAAUAAUUACCUUCGAGGCAGUGGUCUCUGGUUUCCGAUUGAUCCCGGGGCAGAUGCCUCCCUGUGCGGAAUGGCUGCCACUAGUGCCUCAGGUACAAAUGCGGUGAGAUACGGCACGAUGAGGGAGAACGUGAUAAACCUAGAAGUAGUGCUAGCGGAUGGGAGGAUUAUGUACACAGCAGGAGCGCAAAGGAGGUUCAGGAAGACAUCCGCCGGUUACAAUCUGACAAAUCUCUUCAUUGGCUCAGAAGGAACUCUGGGAAUAAUCACCAAGACAACAUUGCGUCUCUAUGGAAUGCCGGAAGCCAUGGUGUCUGCAGUCUGCACGUUUCCAACAGUGCAAGCAGCUGUGGAAUGCACGGUGCAAGUACUGCAGUAUGGCAUCCCCUUAGCAAGGAUAGAGUUCCUGGACGAUGUGAUGAUGGAUGCUUGUAACAAGUACAGCAACCUGAAUUAUGCAGUGUCAUCAACGUUAUUCCUGGAGUUCCAUGGCACAGAGAAAAGCCUGGCGGAGCAGAUUGAAGUGACAGCUGAAAUAGUGAAAGCGAACAAGGGCUCUGAUUACACUUGGGCCAAAGAUCAAGAACCCCGGGAUAAGUUAUGGCAAGCACGGCACGAUGCCUUGUACGCUACUCGGGCCCUGCACCCAGGCUGUCAGGCUUAUUCCACAGACGUGUGUGUUCCACUCUCGAAACUGCCAGAGAUCAUCGUGGCAACUAAAGAAGACCUGAUAAAGUCAAAGCUUACAGGAACUAUUGUUGGCCACGUGGGAGAUGGCAACUUCCACUGUUUGAUGGUGGUGGACCCAGAAGACAAGGAUGAGAAGAGAAGGAUGAAAGAGCUUACUGACAGAUUGGCCAGAAGAGCUCUGGCCAUGCACGGCACAUGUACCGGGGAACAUGGCAUUGGCUUGGGUAAACGGGAACUCCUUACCGAAGAAAUUGGUGCUGUCGGUAUGCAGGUGAUGAGAGAAAUUAAGGCAGCAUUGGAUCCAAAACACAUUAUGAAUCCUGGCAAAGUGCUGUAGAGCAUUUGAGAGGAAAUGCCUUCUCACCUCGAAGAUUCCACUUGCCAACAGCCUAAGUCAGAAUGUCAUUGGGAUUGAUAAGUGGACAUUUAGAACUUCCUUAUAAAGGGAAUGCAUGGGUAAUUUUUUUUUUACAGGGCACGUUGCACAUCAAGAACGAGUAGCAGACAUUGUCUGACAGAUAAAGAUCACUCUAGUUCUCGCUUGAAUAAUAUAUCAGUUGAUUUGAUGAGAAAUGAAACAUUGCUUUCGAAUUGUUAGCUUGAUGGAUACAAGACAUGAACAUGAGUUUAGAAGUACAGCUGAAGCAUAAAGGAUGCACUCUCAGACUCUACUAGACAUUCUAAAAAAGAUUCCGGUUCCAGGAGAGAUAAUAGGCACGUUUUAAUCCUCAAAUGCCAUUUUCCUUUUUAGUUUAUAAUUUCCUACUAUUUGGAAGAUGUCUGAUACAUGCCAUCCACUGAUUAUUUUACUGCAUCUGAGAAAAUAACACAAAAUGUUGGAUUACAUUCCCUGUUUCUUUGGAGAAAAUUCAGCCGCUAAAUAGGAAAUGGCAUUUCCCAUCAUGAUGUAAACCUUACUGAGGGACAUGGUGACUUCAUGGCUGAAUGGACAUCCACCCUUCUUGCCAUUUCUCCUCCAUUUUCUCGUGACUUCCAGCCUAAUCUCUCUUCUACUGUCAUAUUUAAAGUCUUGUUCUAAAAGGCAACCAUGAUAUUUUAAGCAUCGGUAGAACACACACAAAAGCAAGUCACAGCACUAAAAUGUCAGAAAUGGGCUGUGUUAUGUGGAGUUUGAGUUUGGUUCUUCCUCAAGUGGAUUGGAAUGUUGGUCUCUGGCUCAGAUGCUCGAGAGGUUUGCUCCUGCCUAGAGAACCACUGGAGGCAUUGUGCCACACAGUUUCUCAAAUUCUCCAAGGCACAGCUAAAGUGGUGUUCACUAAACUCACAAUCUGAGGUGUCUCUAGAUCUGCAGAAACCAAACACCGGUGCCUUGUGCAACCGUUCACUAAUUUGAAAUAGAGAAACAAAAAUAUAGGAAACAAAUAACUUUACAUUGUGUUUGUGAACUUAAGACCAGUUGGAAAUGGAGCAAUACAAACUUAUAAUGUCUUUCAGACUCAGUUCUUGCAGUUGGCAAAUUUGGAAUUGGGCUGAAGAAUAUGGCUAUGCAAAAUCCUAAAGAGCAGUCUCCAGAGGAGCAACUUCCCAAUAGGAUGAGAAUUAGUUAGCAAUGAGUAAAAUAAAUCAGAGCCCUGAAAUUAGGUAGCUUUAAUAGUCAUCUAGAAGAUCUGAUAUGCUCCUGUUGUACUUGCACAACUUAGUAAACUGGAACAUCCGAUAUAUGGCUACCUUACGUACAUAGUGUCACACAUUACAAUAGCCAAUGUUAAGCCUGAUGAGCUGGGGGCUCCUGUUUGUCCCAGGUUCUGUUUUGAAUAA